AUGACAACAACGAUCCAAAUAAAUCAUCCUGCUCAAAUUCGUCAGCGUGGCAAAGUCAAGUUUUUCAACAUGCAAAAAGGCUAUGGGUUUAUCAUUCCUUGUGACCUUCCUUGUAACCUUCCAGAGUGUGAUAAAGUAGAAGGUCCAAAGGGAUUUCAAGCUGCAAACGUUAGUGGUCCGAAUGGUAUUUCUGUUAAAGGGGAUCCAAACGCACCAGGUCGACGUCCCAUGUAUACUACUAAUAAUUAUAUCGGAUUAAACCCUACCUACGGAAUACUUGAUCGACCCCUUAAAUUUCCAACUGGUAGUGAUCUGGCUACAAGCAAUGCUGGGGGUUAUGGUGCCGCUAUGGGAAUUAAUCAACCUUAUGCUUUGCAAUCGAACUACCCAGCGACACUUUAUCAGCAGGGUACUCAUUUCUCGUCUCAUCAACCUCCUUAUGCUUCGCAGUUUGCGAAUUAUGGUUCUACCUAUGCCAACAUUAAUGCACAUUCGAGUAAUGGCUCUGGUGCCACAUCACAACCUGUUCCGUUCACUCAUCAACACACUUAUACUCCCAUUAUCCCACAGUAUCCUGUUGCAAAUGGUGGUACUGCUCGUUUUGGUUCUAGUAUCACUUCUGCCGAAAAUCAAAAUAGCGGUGGGUCAUUAAAAUCAAACGAAAGACCCUUUGGGUCAAAUAAUUUUAAUAGAUUCUGA